AUGGUAACACGUUGUGGAAUUAAGCUUUUGGCAAGUGGUUAUGUGAACAGCAGAAACAUUUUUAACCCAAAAAAACAUCAAAAUAUAGGUGUUUCACUUAACUAUUUUGAAAUUAAUGCAAUGCUAAAGCAAGAACUUACAUUCUUUCCGUUUUUUUCACCUUGCAUGAUGGAGUGGCAUGGGAAAAAAACUUUUGCAAGUUCUGUUUGGUGGGAGUGGAAAAAUUUCGUCAACAUGUUUCAAAAUGCUUCUGUUGCACCAAUCGAAUUAGUGGCAACGCUUCUAACAUUCAAAGCUGGCGAAAACCCAAAGUUUGUUCAUCGUAGACUAAAGUGCUAA